AAAGGAUUAAUUGAAACGAUGAACCGCGCGACGGCAAUCAAGCUAACACAAACAGACAGAGAGACAGACGGCACCGCAGUCAUUCAUCCCAUCCUUCCAGAAUGGCGGAGUUGGAGUCAGUGAGGAAGUCUGUGGAGAAGACAUGCGAACCGCACGAAUUCACCGUCGAUUCCAUGCCUACAAGAUUUAUAGAGCCUGUUGUGAUGCAGGGCCUCAAAGUCCAUCGCGUCCAACGCGGCCUAAUCCUCUGCUCUUUCACCGUCCCCCCUCGCCUCCUGAAUACCGGGAACACGUUGCACGGCGGAGCAACGGCGACGCUUGUGGAUAUUUUAGGAUCUGCUGUUAUCUACACGAUGGGGUCUCUGGCUACGGGUGUCUCGGUUGAGAUCAGCGUCUCGUAUUUGGAUGCUGCUCAUCUUGGUUUUGUGGGGGUGGCGCCAAUGGUGGCGACGGGUCCGGUGGCACUGGAGGUGGUGGCAUUCCCGGUGACAACUACGUUCAGCAAGGAUUAUAAUGAGAAAGCGGGAAGGAAGCCGAGUCAAAGAAGACAUUUUCCCACAGAGCGAAAUACGGAGGAAAUUGAGAUAGAGAGCAAGGCGUUGCGCGUUGGAAGGGCUAUUGCAGUUGCUAGCGUUGAACUGAGAAGCAUCAAGACUGGAAAGAUUAUUGCUCAGGGGCGCCAUACUAAGUACCUUACGCUCCAGAGCAAGAUGUGAACCAAGUAAAGUAAUUAAGUAGGGGGGAUGGGGGGAUCAUAUUGGGAUCAUCAUGUGCAGGAGUGAGUAGGGUUGGUUGGUUGGUUUACUAGUGUCUCAUGUUUGCAUUGAGAAAUGGUAAUUGAAGGCAUUAUUAUUAUUAUUAUUAUUAUUAUUAUGAUCUUUAUUGA